CUCUCUCAUAUCUUAACUUGUUUCUUUAUGACUUUCCCUUCUCUCUCUCUCUCUCAUAUAAUAACUUUCCCCUAUCGACAAAAUGGUGUCUACCUAUUCAAGGAAGAAUAAAUAUAUAUGUCCUUUUCUUAUCUUGUGAUUCUCCAUAAAUACUCUUAUUCCCAUCCUCUUCUUCUCUCUCUCACACCACAACCAGAUCUUUCAAACACCCUUCUUUCCACAAAUGAUCAUGGGAAACCUUAAACCUGCAUGGUUGGAAGCUCUCUAUGCACAAAAGUUCUUUGUGGGAUGCUCAUAUCAUGAGAAUGCAAAGAAGAAUGAGAAGAAUAUUUGCUGCUUAGAUUGUUGCACCAGCAUUUGUCCCCACUGCUUACCCUCCCAUCGCUUCCAUAGGCUUCUGCAGGUUCGCCGUUAUGUAUAUCAUGAUGUUGUCAGAUUGGAAGAUCUUCACAAACUCAUAGAUUGCUCCAACGUCCAGCCUUAUACCAUCAACAGUGCCAAGGUGGUGUUCAUCAAGAAGAGACCACAAAACCGGCAAUUCAAGGGGUCGGGAAACUACUGCACUUCCUGUGAUAGAAGUCUCCAAGAACCUUUUAUCCAUUGCUCUCUGGGAUGCAAGGUGGAUUUUGUGUUGAAACACUACAAGGACCUCUCUUCCUAUUUGAGAACAUGCAAGUCACUGCAACUAAACUCUGAUUUUCUGAUUCCACAAGAGAUGAUGGGUGACGAUGAAAUGACUCGUUCAACCAUUGUAGAUUGUGAUGAGCCAAUGAGUUCAUCUUCAGGGUCAGAGAACAUGAGCAUGGCUUGCACAGAGAUUGUAAGGAAGAAGCGUAGUGGGUGGAAUGUGUGUGCAAGAUCAAUGAGCAACAAGGUUUCCCAUGAAGACAUGGCCACUGGCAUGAGCAGAAGGAAAGGCAUUCCUCAUAGAUCUCCUUUGUGUUAGGAACAUCAAUACUCAUAAACCCUAACUAGGGUAACACAAG